AACGUUGAAUGCGCCAUGAAACGUUAUCUAUCUAUACAAAAAAAAAACUCACCUCCUCUUCUCCUAACGAUCACAAGCAAAAAAGAAAAAGUGAUACUCGUCACUCCACACACACACACAUACGCACACCAAUCUACAUUUGAACUAUCAGAUUCCAACUCCGGAAGCUGGCUGGGCCGUUGAUUAUCUUGAGCUCGCCUAACCUCCUUGCCCUUUCACCCCCUCUUCCCAAUUAACCCCCGCGUUCUCGGCACACAUCAUAUACCUCUCUCUACAGAUCCCCUACAAACUCUCUCUUCCACCUGACCUGACAAUUGACAUAAUAAGGAUCCGCCAAGAUAAAGAAAAUAUGUUACUUUUUACCCGGGUACCUUUUUUUUUUGAUAGGGGAGAUGUUAUUACCCCCCCCCCCCCCCUUCCUGCAUUUGCAUACAAUGGUAGCUUUCUUU